AUGCCGGUCCUCAUCUCAAAUGGCAAGCAGUACCGAGUGCCUUUCAUGUCGCUCAUGAACCUGAAAGGCGGCGUCCGCGAAGAACGACUGCCGUACAGAGUGACUGCGGGUGCAAGCUACUACCCAGCAGAAGUCCCUCUUGUCGCAGCCAACAAUCAGGCGUUGGUCGAAACCUACUAUCCCUACCAGCCUGUCGGUGUCAUUCCCCGAGCAAGCGGAGGCCGAGCGCGGACGCAGACGGUAUUGUACACGUUGCCAGAGGCCAUACCAUGGACGACUGAUGACGACAGGCUACUUCGGAAGCUGAGGGCAUCAGGUGUUCCAUGGAGGAGAAUCUCUACAGUCAUGGACGACAGGCCGAUCGAGGAACUCAAGGCGCGUUGGGCUGGCCUCCGGAAACGCGGACAUAACCUUCAGGAAGUAUACGGGUUGAGCAAGACGGCCGCCGACGACUGGUACUAUGAGCUUGACGAUGACGAGGAGGAAGACCGCCGAGUGUCAUUCCGCAGGAUGCGUCUUGAAGAUUCCGACGACGACGACGCCCUUUCUAGACAGCCAAAGGUUAAGAAGGUGUACUAUAUCGACGACGAGUUCACUCUCGACGAGGUACUACUACUCCAUCGGAUUGCCGCGGACUGGAGGAAAGAUCGCUGGAAGACUAUCAGCAGCCAAUUCAACGAUAUGACCGGUCGCAAUAUCACGCCCGCUCGAGUCAAGUCGGUUGUUGAAGACUAG